CAGUUUUGUUAAUUUGAUGGAGGAACAAAAAUUGAGUUUGAGCUUACUGAAGUUAUUGGUGAGCAAACUUUGAUCUUCCCCUUUUUUAUCCCCCUUCCUCUUUAUUUUACUUUUUUUAGUGAAGUUGAGUGCUAAGGUAGAUGCUUUAAUUCUUAAAAGAUUCAAAUAUUAUAUGGCCUGCUUAUUUUGAUUUUUUUCUUCUGCUAAACAGAUACUUUAUUAGGCCCUUUGUAAAAUGCUGCCUGCAUUUGAAAACGGAGAAAUUUGUUCUCUGAUUAGGUUUUUAUAUAAAUGGUAAAAUUCUAUUUCCUGUAAUUCAGUUUCUUUAAUAUCUUUCAGUAAUAUAUCUUAGUGAAAUGUCUUAUACAAAUACAUUCUCAUCUUUCACUGGAGACUUAACCUGCAGACCUUUUAGGAUAUUAAAACGAAUGUCUACAGAUGGCGUAAUCUCUUGAUGAAAUGACAGAUAAAUUUCUAAAGGUAAUAUUUUGUAAGAAAAAAUUUCCAUGUCAGAGAGUUGCUUUUAAAUCCCAUUUCUCCUUAGCUUCGUUCAGUUUGGUGCUAGGUAUUCUCUUCCACCCUCUUUCAUCAUUGCUUUUCUGUGGCAGAUUUCUGUAGAAGGAAGAAGAAGGGAGAGUGGGUGAGCGUUAACAGUUAAAUGGGAAGGGAGAAAAGCUGCUCACCACUUUCAGGAUCUUUUUGGUGGUGUUUUUUUAUCUGACAUUUAAAUAAGGAUUGUUUGCUCAGAGGAAGGGAAAGGGAGAGGGAAGCUAGAGGAAAAACCAUGCCUGCCUUUUUGCAGCAGCCCUGAUUGGCUUCUUUACCCCAGAAACUGGGGAAGUGUGGCAGGCAGCCAAUUUGAAAGCAUUCUCCCCAAGAAAGCUUGAAAUUUGGAAGAGAACAGAUGAUUCUCAUGGUAUUUUGAGUCUCGUGCCAGCCUCAAUCAAUUAUAAGUCACUUGUGAAGACGUUUUGAGAAUUGGCAGUGUCUGAGUAAUAAGGUAAAUAAUCCAGGAAGGAUUAGCUGUAUAUGUGCUAAUGAGAAUGUUUUCACUUAUGUUAUAGAAAUAAGUGGGGUGUAUACGAUUGUUGUCAGGCUUAAACAUUUUCAUUUAGUGGCUGUUUUAGGAGGAAAAUGCGAAUGGGAUUGCAUAAUUGCUAAGAUUCCUUGAUUCCUCCCACAGCGUAUGUUGUUUAAUGCUGGUGGCCUUAGUCAGAAGAGGGUGAUCAAUGAUCCAGCUAGUGCAUGGUCUAAUGUAAAUAUUCCUAAAAUCUCUUAUAGACUAAAAUAAACUGCAGAAUGCAUGUGAUAUAUCUGAGUAUGCAUGCCAGUGUGUUGUUUCUGUAGGAUUUUUUUUUUAAGUAAAAGCAUUUCUUUGACACUAAUGUCUGAUAAGCAAAGUUAUAGUCUUUGGCAUAUUUGUCUGUGGAAGCUUAUUUGAUGGUAAAAUACAGGAAGCAGUACUGAAAUCCAUCAUAAAUAGUAUCACAGUAGAGGAACAUGAUCAUGUUAUGUCUCAGUCUGCUUUUAAAGAGAGCUUUACCUGUAUUUUAAUGUUGCUGUCUCCCUUGUGACAUACUAAGUUCUCAUGCGGAGUUUGUGCACGGUUUAAUGCUGUCCAGGUCUAUUUGCGAAAGAAGAUGCUGUUCCUUUAAAAUCGAGUGGUUCAUUGAGUUGUUUUUACUAGCGCGCUGCUUUUUAUAUGGUACAGUAUACUCCAUGCAAAUGAGCUGCCUGCUCAGCCUCUGUGCGGCUGCUUGCCCUCUUGGGGAGCUCACAAAGACUCUGCAGACCUAAUUCAGCAUUCAGUUGUUUAAAACGGCAGAUGGAAGGAGGUAUCGGCAAGAUGAGGAUUUAUUAGCUACUCACAAUAAAAGACCACACUCGCUCCGCAGAGGAUCAGAAAAAGCCUGGUGAAUGGGAUUGAGUUGUAUCUGCUUUCAGCUGACUUUACAGUGAUGUGUUUAGCUCAUGUGACUCGGUCACUUAGCAUGAAGAUCAGCUAAAGAUUUCCAUGUAAAUAUCUAUUCCUUUAAGCACCCUCAACCUGUGUGCUUGCAUUGAGACUCUUUUUGGUUUGCAGCUGUCAUAACUGUGGGAACAGGAACACUUCAUCGAGCUGUGGUAGGCAGCCUAUGGUCUGGGCUCUCGUUGUUGUUGCAUUUGCACACUUCAGGAUGUCUGGCUGAAAUCCCCUCAUAAACACAGCUCUCGAUGAAGUUUGAUUUCUUUUAUAGCUCUUGUGAAAUCUUGCAGAAGCUGAGGUUAGGUUCUUUCUAAAUACAGUAUAUGUAUUCCGAAGUUACAGGCGCUUCCUAUGCUUUUAUCAGGAGAUGAAAUCUGUUGCUUUAGCUUUCUGCUAAAAAGAUGAAGGUCAUUGCGGCAGUAGGUUGUGCAUUAUAUUUGUGAUAUUUCCUUCUUUCCGUUCUGAUACAGAAAGGGCAUGUGUAGGACAAAGGCUCCUUGACAUGCUCAGUAGUUGAAGUAAUACUGGGAUGAACACACCUAGAUUUUUGGGUUUGGUGAAAUGGUGUUUGGUAUAGCUAGAAGCAUUAGCAUUGUUUAUGUUUCAGCACAGGCUGUAUGCUCAUAUUUUAAAAUGGGAUUGGCUUAACAUGCAUAAAGGGGCAAAGCCUUUUUUGAUCUCGCUGGGGUGUUCUGUUUGAGGGUAGCUGGAAAACAGAAACUGCAGGACAGCCUGAAAAAGCCUCAGCUGAACUGUGCUUUUGCUUUCUUUUUUUGCCUUUUUGCUAUGGCUGAUGGUGAGGGAAGGGCUUAAGACAGCUCUGUCAGUGAUGAAUAGAUGGAUGAAUUCUUAAAUAUUCAGAACUUGCAACAUGUGCUCCAGACCCUUCAGCAUGUAAGAGUCGCAAGAUCUCAGCAACGAGCUGAAGAAUGUGCCAUGUCUGCUGCAUAUGAGAAGGGGACCAGCAUACCUCAGAGAUAGCAGAAACAAAGAAUGUGUGACAGUAGCUGAAGAAUUUGACAGGCUCUUGGGCAUACAAAGGAGUGAAGGAAUCUUUAAAAAUUUGGGGAAAUAAACUGUCUUUUCCAUAGGGAGUUUUUUCUGUAUUUUAGUGCUGUAUCCUGUGUGUCCACAGAAUUGAUUUUUUUUAGUUCAGUGUGACCGUGUGUUUUUUAAAGGAAAUGUGACCUGGAUUUUGUGAGCUUGUUAUAAACAGUAAAUGAAGGCAGCUGUUGUAGUUUACCGAUCCCUUAUAACAGCUCAAGUAAAUUGAAAUAAAGCAAAAAAUAUGCUUGUGUGGGAUCUGAAUUAAAUGCCACUCUUCGGCCUUACACGGAGUCAUGGAUUAUUAUAUUUUUCUAGACUGUUUUGUGUAUGAGGGGAGUGAGACAUCCAACCUUGGAAAGAUUUAGCAAAGUCGAACAGAUUUUUCCCAAUGUGACCUGCUAAAUCUGCCACAAAGGAGGCAGGCAAAAUUGUGUACAGAUAGUCAGAGACCGUGGCUGCAGCUCUUCAUGACAGGCAAGUGAACGACCACGUCCUAUUUUUAGCAAGUGGACGGAGAGGGGGUGGGAGGGAGAGAAAAGUUUGAAAAUAAUGGACUUCUUUAACAGUUCGAGAGCAAAGCCAGAAGCGAGCGAGCUUUAGCAGGGAUUUGUGAUCCGCAGAGUCGACAUAUGGAUGAUUCAAGUAUUCUUCGAAGAAGAGGGCUGCAGAAGGAGCUCAGCCUCCCCAGAAGAGGAAGCUUAAUCUCCUCUCCUUUGUACUCCCACUGCCGAGGAACUGAUGUUCAUCAGCACAUGUUCUCCCCUACGUCUGCUCCAGGUCUGCAGCACCUUAAAUUCCCAUUUAGUGCUGACUGUGCACUUGUUACUUCUCCUCUAGUAUUUUACCUGAACUCACAACCCCACAGCAAUCCAUCUAGUCCGUGCUACAGCCAUCCUUUUCAGUGGAGCUGUCGGACAAGCAACAGAAAAAGCUUGAUUGUAACAUCCAGCACAUCUCCAACUCUCCCACGACCACAUUCCCCUCUUCAUGGACAUGCAGGUAGCAGCCCUUUGGACAGUCCCAGGAACUUCUCUCCAAAUGCACCUGCUCACUUUUCCUUUGUUCCUGCCCGAAGCCACGGACACAGAGCAGACAGAACGGAUGGACGCCGCUGGUCCUUGGCCUCCCUUCCUUCAUCUGGAUAUGGAACAAACACCCCCAGUUCAACAGUUUCAUCAUCAUGCUCAUCUCAGGAGAAGCUGCACCAGCUGCCCUUUCAGCCCACGGCAGAUGAACUUCAUUUCCUGACAAAGCAUUUCAGCACUGAGAGCAUCACUGAUGAGGAAGGGCGCCAUUCUCCAGCCUUGAGGCCUCGGUCUCGCAGUCUCAGCCCGGGUCGCUCCCCAAUUUCCUUUGACAGUGAAAUAAUAAUGAUGAAUCAUGUGUACAAAGAAAGGUUUCCAAAGGCCACGGCACAGAUGGAAGAGCGGCUGGCUGAGUUUAUUGCCUCUAAUGCUCCAGAGAACGUGCUGCAAUUAGCAGAUGGGGUCCUAAGUUUCAUUCAUCAUCAAGUUAUUGAACUGGCCAGAGAUUGCCUAGAUAAAUCACGUGAAGGUCUUAUUACUUCUCGGUACUUUUAUGAGCUGCAGGAAAACUUGGAGAAACUUCUCCAGGAUGCCCACGAGCGAUCCGAGAGCUCCGAGGUUGCCUUCGUUACUCAACUUGUGAAGAAGCUGAUGAUUAUCAUUGCACGACCAGCUCGGCUGCUUGAGUGCCUGGAGUUUGAUCCUGAAGAGUUCUACCAUUUGUUAGAAGCUGCAGAAGGCCAUGCCAAGGAAGGGCAAGGAAUUAAAUGUGACAUUCCUCGUUACAUUAUCAGCCAGCUGGGACUCACCAGGGAUCCCUUGGAGGAAAUGGCCCAGCUGAAUAGCUAUGACAGCCCAGACACUCCUGAGACAGAUGAUUCAGUCGAGAGCCGUGGGGCCUCUGUCCAGUCAAAGAAAACUCCAUCUGAAGAAGAGUUUGAAACUAUCAAACUGAUCAGUAAUGGUGCUUAUGGGGCUGUGUAUCUGGUGCGACACAAGACCACCCGUCAACGUUUUGCCAUGAAGAAGAUCAACAAACAGAACCUAAUUUUGAGGAACCAGAUCCAGCAGGCUUUUGUGGAGAGAGAUAUCUUGACUUUCGCUGAGAACCCCUUUGUGGUCAGCAUGUUCUGCUCCUUUGAGACCAAGCGCCACCUGUGCAUGGUUAUGGAGUAUGUAGAAGGAGGUGAUUGUGCCACACUUCUCAAGAACAUUGGUGCACUACCUGUUGAUAUGGCAAGGAUGUAUUUUGCUGAGACUGUUCUGGCACUGGAGUACCUACACAAUUAUGGGAUUGUUCACCGUGACCUGAAACCUGAUAAUCUUCUGAUAACUUCCAUGGGUCACAUUAAACUAACAGAUUUUGGACUGUCUAAAAUUGGGUUAAUGAGCCUUACAACUAAUCUUUACGAGGGACACAUUGAGAAGGAUACCAGGGAAUUCCUGGACAAGCAGGUCUGUGGUACUCCAGAAUACAUUGCACCAGAAGUGAUCCUGCGCCAGGGCUAUGGGAAGCCUGUGGACUGGUGGGCCAUGGGAGUUAUCCUGUAUGAGUUUCUAGUUGGCUGUGUUCCUUUCUUUGGGGACACACCUGAAGAGCUGUUUGGACAAGUGAUUAGUGAUGAAAUUGCCUGGCCAGAAGGUGAUGAUGCACUGCCACCAGAUGCUCAGGACCUCAUUUCUAAGCUGCUUCGCCAAAAUCCUUUGGAAAGAAUGGGAACAGGUAGUGCCUUUGAAGUGAAACAGCAUCGGUUCUUUAAAGAUUUGGACUGGAAUGGAUUACUUCGACAGAAAGCUGAAUUCAUCCCACAGUUGGAAUCUGAGGAUGACACGAGCUAUUUUGACACCCGUUCAGAACGGUACCAACACCUGGAUUCAGAAGAAGAGGAGGACACUAAUGAUGAUGAUCAUGUGGAAAUUCGGCAGUUUUCCUCAUGCUCGCCGAGGUUCAGCAAGGUGUACAGCAGCAUGGAACGUCUUUCCAUCCAUGAAGAGAGGAAGACUCCACCACCAACUAAACGGAGUCUGAGUGAAGAAAAAGAUGACAGACUGGACAGCCUUGGUAGCUUGAAGAGCCGAGACCGCAGCUGGGUGAUUGGGUCCCCUGAAAUAUUGCGUAAGCGCUUGUCUAUGUCUGAAUCCUCACACACGGAGAGCGACUCCAGCCCACCCCUGACCGUCCGCCGGCGCUGCUCGGGGCUUCUUGAUAUGCCCCGCUUUGCCAUCUCCACUGAGGACGAGGGAACUGUUCUCAAAAGACCACAGUCUGAGGGGAUGCUCUUACCCACCGUGCAGUCACGGGAAGGGCUGCCAGUGCCCAUUCCAGAGCAGCCUGUGGAGCAGGAGCUGCAGCUGGAAGGUGAUGCUGGACCUACCACCCCCUCCACAGCUGUCAGCAGUGCCUCAACGUUGACAGCUGGGAGCACUGCAGAUUUCUCUGAUCCACGAGCUCGCAGUAAUAGCAAUGAAGGCCCAGACUUUACCACUCCAAAAGCCAUCAGCGAUUUGGCAGUGCGGCGGGCACGACACAGGUUGCUCUCUGGGGAAUCAGGGGAGAAACGUACCUCAAGACCUAUCAAUAAAGUGAUUAAAUCAGCAUCCGCUACUGCCUUGUCUCUCCUGAUUCCCUCAGAUCACCACACGUGUUCUCCAUUGGCCAGUCCAAUGUCACCUCAUUCUCUCUCCUCCAACCCAUCUUCGAGGGACUCCUCACCCAGCCGCGACUUUUCUCCUGCUAUCGCAAACCUGAAACCACCAAUCAUCAUCCAUCGGGCUGGAAAGAAAUACGGUUUCACUCUCCGUGCCAUUCGCGUCUAUAUGGGUGACAGUGAUAUCUACACUGUGCAUCACAUGGUCUGGCACGUGGAGGAAGGCGGCCCAGCACAUGAAGCAGGUCUGCGUGAAGGGGAUCUAAUAACCCACGUCAAUGGGGAGCCGGUCAAUGGACUGGUGCACACAGAAGUGGUGGAGCUGAUUCUGAAGAGUGGAAAUAAAGUGUCCAUCUCCACCACACCAUUUGAGAACACAUCCAUCAAAGUUGGCCCAGCCCGAAAAGCCAGCUACAAAUCCAAGAUGGCUCGUAGGAACAAGAAGAGCAAAACUAAGGAUGGUCAGGAAAGUAAGAAGAAGAGUUCUUUGCUGAGGAAGAUCACUAAACAAGCGUCACUGCUUCACACCAGCCGGAGUUUAUCUUCACUAAACCGUUCUCUGUCUUCUGGAGAAAGCGUGCCUGGCUCUCCAACUCACAACCUGUCUCCUCGGUCGCCAACGCAGAGUUACAGAUCCACUCCCGAGUCUGUGCACUCAGUUGGUGGCAAUUCUUCCCAGAGCAGCUCUCCCAGUUCCAGCGUUCCCAAUUCUCCAGCCAGCUCUGGACACAUCCGCCCCAGCUCUCUACAUGGACUAGCACCAAAGCUUCAAAGGCAGUACAGAUCUCCGAGGCGUAAAUCUGCAGGAAACAUCCCUCUGUCACCGCUAGCUCACACUCCAUCACCAACCCCACAGUCCACAUCGCCGCAGCGCUCCCCAUCUCCUUUACCAGGACACUCAGUUGGCAGCUCCAGUAUUAUUCAGUCUUUUCCAGUAAAGCUGCACUCCUCUCCACCACUGGUGAGGCAGAUUUCUCGCCCCAAAAGUGCUGAACCCCCUAGGUCUCCUUUGCUAAAGAGAGUUCAGUCGGCCGAGAAACUGGCUGCCUCGCUGUCCUCUUCUGAGAAGAAGCUGGGUUCCUCACGUAAGCACAGCUUGGAUAUCUCGCACUCUGAAUUUAAGAAGGAGAUGCUACAGAGGGAUCCUAGCCUCCAGAGCUUACAAGAAUCUGCGAAUGAAACAACAGGCGGCAAACUGGGGCUAGCAGAAAAGGGGAUGUUGCAGAAGCCGGGUUCACGGAAGUUGGGUGCUAUCAGACAGGACAGGGUGGAGAGAAGGGAGUCCCUGCAAAAGCAAGAGGCUAUCAGAGAAGUGGACUCUUCCGAAGACGAAACGGAUGAUGGGUCAGAAGAUAGUCAGGAUGGGAGAAGACUCGACAAGCCCCCUGACAGUGGAGACCAAGGCUCGGAUUCUUUUAAUGAGGAUAAUAAGUUUUCAUCUAAAUUGGAAAGCAAGGAUAGUAUUGAAGAUGAUGCCUUUCUACCUGAAGACCCGAAAGGUACGGAAGAUUUGCAGAAGGGAACUAAUCAACAAGCCAAGCCUGUUUCAGAGCCACUGCAAAUCAGUGCGCAGCCUUCCCCAUCAGGGGUCCUCCCAAGAGCUUCUCCACAAAAAUUAGCUGAUUCAGAAAAGCCAUUACUAAGGUCAGAAACAACUGCAAAGGAACAAAAAUUGCCAGAAAACAAAACUUUUGAGUGUUUUGGUCCAAAAGAGAAACCUUCUGAAGCAAUCAAAGACCUAGGGAGAACUACAAGUACUCAAAAACCAACAGAUCGGACAGAACGUAUACAGUGCCCAUCUAUCAAACUCCCAGAACUUGAAGAAGGUGACUCUUCAGGGGCCUCGUGUAGUAAGCUUGACCAGAAGGACCCUUUGCUAACAGAAAGCAGCCAGAAGAAACAGGACUCUAAACCUCUGCUGGCACUUUCUUCAUGGUGCACGGCAAGCGUGAGCAUUCCUCCCUCGGUAAGCCCCGUGGGCCACAGCGAGAAGGAUCGCAAGGAGACCCUUCAGCCUGCAGAACAGCACAGCCCCUCGUUUCUGUCUCCUAGAAGCCCAAGUGAGGUGUCCCAAAAAAGUCCUUCUGCUGAAAAGCAGCCCAGCUCGUCCCAGGCAGAGAGUGCUCCAACUGCCAGCAAAACCAGCCCAGCAGGUCCUGUAUCCUCCACGCUCCUCAUCCCCGGCGCUAUCGAAAGAGCUCUCUCCGUGUCUCAGUUAGUACCGCUAGCUCAGAGUGUCUUGGGCCCUUUGAAGCUCAGUAUGUCUGGUUCUGGGGAGGUGGAAAAGAGAAAGGAUUUCCCCCAUUUGGGUGCCUCCUGUAAAGAAGAGAGGGAUUUGAAACAAAAAAGACAGGAAACUUCACAAGCAGGAGCAUGUCAAGAGAAAGCCAAACUAUCUAGCACAGACAGUCUGACGGCAAGGAGCGGAUCCUGCACAGAGUCGUUACACUCAGCCAAGCCCUGGGAGGCAACGUGUCCUGUGGUGGCAAAAAAGGAGGCGACUUUUUGCAGUGCUGAAGCACCUGAAGCGUUGGGAGGUAGCUGCAAAACCACUCCAUUGAAAGAGCUGUCUCACGCUCUUGGACAAGCAGCUCUGAGAGCCUCUCCUCUGCCAGAUGGCAGCACGAGGCCCUCAAAAGAAGGGACUCUGGCGCAAGCAAAAAGCAAAGAGGUUGGAAACCAGUUAAAAAUACAAGACUUUCCCCUGUCACAUGAUGAUGCUGUAAAGAAAACAUAGCAGCAUCCCUGGUACGAGUGGACUGGAGCAUUCUACAUUCAAAAUAGAGACUGCAUGUUUGAAUUUUGUAAUAUACACUAAUAUAAAAUAGAACUUGUGUACAUCUAUUUUUGGGAGGGUUUUUUUCAUACUGUUUUUUGUGUUUUUUCAUCCUUGCUAUUCUAUUUUUGUACACAGUAAUGCUUGCUGUUUGAGGUCUCUUUAGAACAGGGUAUCUUUAAAGCAGGGCUUAAGAAACAGUUUGUUUUAUUUUAUUUGUUUUUUUCCCCUUCCAGACUUUUUAUUUUGCCUGAGUUUAGGGCCUGUUGUGCUCUUCCCUCUAAUCCUGCAUUUAUUUGAGAUCCCAAAAGUUCUGAGUACAAAAAAGGCAGCUUACUUUUAAAUUUCUGCCUUUCAGUUUUCUCUUUGAAAUGCCAUUGAAAUUCACAGAUUUCAGGUUUGGUCUUUGAAUUUACAAUCUGAUGUCCUUGGACAAGGAGAAGAAACUACUCUCAUCCGCAGGUUGUUCUGGAGCUGCAAACCCUCUUCAGUGCAAGUGAGAGCUCUUUGUCACCAUGUGCAUCACAGUCCUUAGAGGGUCCAGAGGCAAGGGACUUGGCUGGAGGGGUCAGACACAGAGAGAUCCGUGUCUGCUCUUUAAACCCAGUAAAAGUAGUUUUCAAUGGAAUUAUCUGAAAGAGAAAUCCCCAAUCCGUAAGCUGUUUGGGGGGGGAUUGUUUUUACUUAUCGUUUAUGAGACACUUGGCAACUUUUCCCUCUGUUUUUAUAAUUUUAGUGAUGUUUUCUCUUUCUUUCUCUGGCUUCAAUUCACAACUUGCCCUGCCUCAGAAUAAAUGACCCCAGGAAAGGGGUGCCUUGUAGGUUGGUCUUAAAGUAGAGAACUCUGUAGUCGCGUGUUCUCCAGUAUGUGUCAGGCAAAGUUAUCUUGAUGAUAAAUGGCCUUUGGAGACUUUUCCUUCUCUUGGGGAGUCUAAAUAGGUAGGGAUUCUAAGGUGUUCCUUAACAUUUCUGAAUUGGAGCUUGGGAAACUUGCUGAGUUUUCUGAAUCUGCCCGUUUUAAAAACAAAAGAAUCCUGUGAAGAGUUCAGAUUCCUCGAGUUCUGUGGACAAGCUGCAAGCAGACUUCAAAACACAUGUGAUAUUUUAAGAUUUCAGCUUUGAUAGCUAGAUCAUUUCCACUGCUGAGGUCACUUUCCAUUAAGAAAAUUAACUCUCUGCUCUUAGGUUUAGACAUUGCUUUGCUUUAAGUGUGACCAACUCUGGAUAACAGUGCUCUUUGCUGGGGAUUAGAUCAAUAAUCAUACACCAGUAAACAUGUCGAGUGGUGAUACCUAUAGCACUGUAAAGCCAUUUCUUCAUCCAGUUAAAGGUUCCUCUCAAUGAACACUCCCAUCAUUUGUCCCAGAUUGUGCUCAGCUUUUAAUCUAGUCUUGUCUGAGUGUAUCUCCUUGCGGAUCACCCGCAAGGUCUAGUAUCCUGCUCACUGGCUUAUGCUGUUAGAAGCAGAAUGACUGUGCAACGGUAUUUCAAGCUAAAAUCUGCCUCUGUUGGUCUGAUUUCAUUACACCGCUGCCUUCUUCAGUGUCUUGUUUUUUUCUGUACUUGAAGUUUUGAUUUGCUUUCCCCUAAGUGCAGAUAUGUUUUUCUAUAGGAAUAGAUUUCCUCCAACUCUUUCAACUUGAUUUCAGCUCAAUCCACAAAUCACAAAAGUCUCUGGAAUCUCACCCUGCUUCUUUAUGUGUAACUGUUGUUUCCCCCCUCGCCCCAUUAUAUACUUGAUUUUGGCUGCUUGGAUUUCAUUUCUGGACCAAGUUUUGGUUUGGACUUUUCUUUUUUAACAUGUUUAAAAGAGUGUUUACUCUGUGUGUCUGUGUGAACAUGUAUGGUGUUGUUAAUACACUAACCAAAGCCUCAAUGCUCCCAGAUAACACGUUAAUAAAUCUUGCUGUGACGGUAUUGAGAGCGGAGCCUGCUGUGCUGUCUCUUUGCUCUUUUCCCUGGAAUUCAUAGGCUACUCAUAUACCCUUGGUUUGCAAUAAUAAUCACAAUAUUUCCACUGCCUUGUCAGGGUCCUGGCUAUCUCCAGCCUCUCAAAGCACUCUUGUUGAUGAGCAUCAUUGUGUGCUGAUUUGGAGCCAUGGCAAGUAAGGAACAGGCUUGGCAGGAUCUGGUACUUACCUGUCUGGUUUUCAGCCUGGUGGCUUGAUCUGCUUAAACAAUUGCUGAGAAACAAGGCCUGAUCAGCAGUUGCAGUACAGGAUAGAAUGGACAGGAGCAGUGAGAAAUUGAUUCAGCAUCCUGAGUCUGUGGUAAUUAUGAAGACAAGUCUCAGGCUUAUGUCCUGAGAGCACCUAACCUCAGCGAGGUUGGAGGUCUCUGUGUAAAUCAGUGAGCCCAGGGUUGUGUGAGGACAGGGUCUGACGUGGCUGCACCCUGGUUGCAGUCCCCUCUUCCUUCUCCUUGCAGUGACACAGCUUCUCCUGUGAGCAUCCACAAAGGGUGCUGCAUUUUAAGAACCUAAUGGGAAAACCACCCCCUGCUCCUAGGAGAGAGGGCUGGGUAACCUGGCUCAUCCCAUGGUGAGGGUCUGAAGGUACCAGCUGUAUUAACUGCUGACUGCCUCCCUUUGCAGGUGGUGGUUCCAGUGCUGAAUUGCAGUUAUCCUUUCCUACGCAUAAAAAGAGGAGUUGGAAGCCUUGCUGUGUCACAGCUUUUGCUGCUGUUGUUGCCUGAGCUGGCCCAAGAAGAGGUGAGGUGUGUGUUUAGUCACCUCUUUUGUAGCUACGGUACAGAAAGUGAUGGGUGCAAUUUAAAAAACCAUGUGUUUUUGGAAGCCAAAGCCAAACAGCAUUGCCAGGAGAGCAUCCUAGUGAAGCCACAUAUCCCCUGUGCCUGGUCAGUCCUGCAGUUCCCCUUGGUGUGCCAGGUUCCACCUUCUGUCAAACUUACCUGGAGCACCUUUGGCAAAAAAUCACUUUCUAUUAGAUUCCGAUAAUAAACCAGGUAGAUACACCAAGACUUACUCCUUGCUCUGCUAAGAAGUGCUUAAACACCUCAGAUAAGCUUGUAAAAAGUGUCGGGUGGGAUGGAGAUGUUGGAAAAGCUGAGUGAGAUGAGUGAGGAUGUGUUCCCCAGGGCAGGAUCGGACCCGUGGUACGCGAGCAAAGCAUUCAGCAAGACAAGAACUUGGCCUCUGUAGAUAACCCUCAGACAGGCGGGAGGUAGAAGGUGUGUGUGGUGUGUCUGAUGAAUGAGCCGUGCAUGUAACCAUCCCAAUACGCUGCUUUCCUGCUUCGUUUCCCUCUUCCCUUCUGUCGGCUUGGCUCUCCUGCUCCUCAGGUGCUGGGGUGACAGCACCAAAGCUGGCUCCAGCCCCUGCAGCUCCUCUCUGCUCCUUCAUCUAGCCGCCGCAUUCCUGCCCCGUGCCUCAUUUCAGUGUUACUUUUCCCUUUGUCUCUUACUGUUGCGAACUAAGAGAAACGGAUGAUAUUUAUUGUAAAUAUUAGACUUUAGCAUUGUAACGGCCACUCCUGGGUCCGGAUGUCAGAGGCCUUUGGCUGCUAUUGUACUGAAGAGCGCUUGCUGGGAAAGGGGUAGGAGUGACCAGUGGUUUUGGUUGCCACACUUGCGUUAAGGUGUGAUUUGGAGUAUUUUAACUAUUAACUAUUUCUUUCUUCGGAAGAGGGCAGGAUAAAGUCUUUCUCUGGUUUUCUCUUGCUGGAUGUGAAGGAUAAUUCUGUACUUCUAGUAGAAGAUUGGACAGAAGUGUGUGUUUCCCUUGUGUUCGAUGACCAUAUCCAGGUGGCUGGGAGAGCGCCUCCUGAGCUGGGCUCCGCCAAGCUGUGUCACUCAGCACUUAGCUAGAUAAGAGGAAGUGUGGAAUUUCUGUGUUUUUAGAAACUUGAACAAUUGCCACAUAAUAGCGGUGCAAUAAUUUUUAUUCAUGUUGUACCUGCAUGUCGGUGUUCGAAUCCUCCUCCAAAAUAAAGAAUUUGGGUUUUUUUGUUUUUUUUUUU